CUUUGUACAGUUCGACUCCUAUCAGGGCUUCCUCUCUACCUCCCAUCGACUAUUCUCCACCACCUGCUUCACCGGAGCCCGAAAGGGGAUAUCUGACCCUAAACCUAGAAUCGUCAGAAGCUUUAGCCAUGGCGAUUAAGCAGCUUCUUACCCUAGCUCGCAGGUCUCAUAAACCAUCAUCCUUAUCUAGUCGCUCUUUCCUGCAAUCCGUUCGAUCUUCCUCCAAUUCUCCGGCGGUUGAGACUUCACCAUCUCCAACAUAUCCUCCAUCACCUCCACCUCCCAAUGUCAUGAUCUACGAUAGACUUGCAGAAGCUGUUAAAUCGAAGCUCAAGCGAUUAGAGAACUCAGAUCCUCGAUUUCUCAAGUACGCUUCGCCUCACCCCGUGCUCGUAGAUCACACGAAGAUCCUAUCGGCCCCUGAAACUCGCGUGACGACUCUACCCAAUGGUCUCCGUGUUGCAACGGAGUCGAACCUAGCGUGUCAGACGGCCACGGUUGGUGUCUGGAUCGAUGCGGGGAGUAGGUUUGAGACCGAUGAGACGAACGGUACUGCGCAUUUCCUUGAACAUAUGAUCUUCAAAGGUACGGAGAAAAGGUCUGUCAGAGUUUUGGAGGAGGAGAUCGAGAACAUGGGAGGACACUUAAAUGCAUAUACCUCGAGAGAACAGACCACGUAUUACGCUAAGGCCAUGGAGAACGAUGUGCCCAAGGCACUUGACAUUCUCGCGGAUAUAUUACAAAAUUCGUGCUUUAGUGAGGAUCGGAUCAACCGCGAGCGUAACGUCAUUCUCCGUGAGAUGGAAGAGGUGGAGGGGCAAGCCGAGGAGGUUAUUUUUGACCAUUUGCAUGCUACUGCAUUCCAAUACACCCCUUUGGGUAGAACCAUUCUGGGACCUGCUCAGAAUAUUAAGACAAUCACAAAAGAUCAUCUUCAGAAUUACAUUUCAACUCAUUACACUGCUCCAAGAAUGGUUAUUUCUGCUUCUGGAGCUGUCAAGCAUGAGGAUAUUGUUGAUCAAGUGAAGAAACUUUUUACAAAGCUAUCUUCAGAUCCAACCACUGCUACUCAGUUGGUUGCAAAAGAGCCAGCAAUUUUUACUGGUUCUGAGGUCCGUAUAAUUGAUGAUGAUGUUCCUCUUGCACAAAUUGCUGUUGCAUUUAAUGGUGCAUCUUGGACGGACCCAGAUUCAAUUGCAUUGAUGGUCAUGCAAUCUAUGCUGGGUUCAUGGAAUAAAAGUGCAGGCGGGGGAAAGCAUAUGGGUUCAGAGCUUGCUCAGAGGGUUGGUAUUAAUGAAAUAGCGGAGAGCGUGAUGGCUUUCAACACCAACUAUAAGGACACAGGACUGUUUGGUGUUUAUGCUAUCGCCAAGCCUGAUUGCUUGGAUGAUUUGGCAUAUGCAAUUAUGUACGAGAUAAGCAAGCUAUCUUAUCGAGUUUCAGAAGCUGAUGUUACACGUGCUCGUAAUCAGUUAAAAUCUUCUCUUCUACUCCACAUGGAUGGGACCAGCCCAGCAGCAGAAGAUAUUGGUCGUCAGUUACUAACAUAUGGCCGGAGAAUCCCAAAUGCUGAGUUGUUUGCAAGGAUUGAUGCUGUGGAUGCAAGCACAGUCAAACGUGUUGCAAACAGAUUUAUCUUCGACAGGGACGUCGCCAUUGCGGCAAUGGGACCCAUCCAAAGUUUACCUGACUACAACUGGUUCAGGCGCAGGACUUACUGGCUGCGGUAUUAGGUACUUUAUUGGUUUUCGGUGAUGAAGUUAUCCAUUUUUCUGCCAUUGUCAAAUGUCUGAUAAACCCAAGCUUCCAGGGCCUGGUUUUUGUUCUUUCUCCCUUGUUGGGUUCUAUGUAUUUUGAGAUAUUGCUUUUUGUAACAUCUCUAAAUUCGAUGGAAGAGAAGAAAAUAAUUGUGUAGUCUUCCAAUAACAGUAUUGCAUUGCCGGACACAAA